CCCCCGGAUUUGGGCCGACUUUGCGCCUCCAAACAACCUUAGCAUGAUGUCUUAUCUUAAGCAACCGCCUUACGCAGUCAAUGGGCUGAGUCUGACCACUUCGGGCAUGGACUUGCUGCACCCCUCGGUAGGCUACCCGGCCACCCCUCGGAAACAGCGGCGGGAGAGGACGACAUUCACCCGGGCGCAGCUAUAUGUGCUGGAAGCGUUAUUUGCUAAGACCCGAUACCCAGAUGUCUUCAUGCGGGAGGAGACGGCGCUGAAAACCAUCUUGCCCGAGUCCAGGGUACAGGUGCGGUUUAAGAAUCGAAGAGCUAAGUGCCGCCAACAGCAGCAGCAACAGCAGAAUGGAGGUCAAAACAAAGUGAGACCUGCCAGAAAGAGGACGUCUCCUGCUCGGGAAGUGAGUUCAGAGAGUGGAACAAGUGGCCAAUUCCCUCCCCGCUCUAGCACCUCAGGCCCAGCCAUUUCCAGCAGCAGUGCGGUGUCUGUCUGGAGCCCAGCUUCCAUCUCCCCACCGUCAGAUCCCUUGUUCACCUCCUCUUCCUGCAUGCAGAGGUCCUAUCCCAUGACCUAUACUCAGGCUUCAGGUUAUAGUCAAGGAUAUGCUGGCUCAACUUCCUACUUUGGGGGCGUGGACGGUGGAUCUUAUUUGACCCCUAUGCAUCACCAGCUUCCUGGACCAGGGACCACACUCAGUCCCAUGGGUACCAAUGCAGUCACCAGCCAUCUCAAUCAGUCCCCAGCUUCUCUUUCCACCCAGGGAUGUGGAGCUUCAAGCUUGCGUUUUAACUCAACCACUGAUUGCUUGGAUUAUAAGGACCAAACUGCCUCCUGCAAGCUUAACUUCAAUGCUGACUGCUUGGAUUAUAAAGAUCAGACAUCUUCGUGGAAAUUCCAGGUUUUGUGAGGACCUGCAGAACCUCUUUUUGUGGAUGAUUUUUAAAUAUACUGAGCUGGACGUUCCAGUGUUAGCCAGGCCUUGGUUAAAAGAGUUAGAUGGCAUGACGCUCAGACUCAUCUUCUGAUCGAUGUCGCGGGAGGCAUAGAAGGAAAGAUGAAAGGCCUUAGAGGGGCCUGCCAACCAGCUACCUGAAAUGGACAAACCAUUUGAUACUUAAGAUCCUAUCAUAGUUUUAGAUCAUUGGUUUUACUGAUUCGCAAAGUGAUCGAAAGCAUUCUAGCCACGUGCAACCAAAUACCACCAAAAAUAAACAAACAAAACUAAAUUGUGAGGGGAAAGGAGGGAAGGACAUCGUCUUCUUAAGCAGAGGUGUUCCAACGUCUCAGCCAAUCCUUGGUUGAAUCUUAGGAAUGGACAGUGUCUCAAGCUCACUCAUGUUUCAUGACCAACUGGUCGCUGGCACUGAAAAACUUUUCAGGGCUGUGUGAAUUGUGCGACUGAUUGUCCUAGAUGCACUACUUUAUUUCAAAAAUAAUGUUCAUAAGGAGUCAAUAUGUAGUUUAAGAGACAAUCAGUGUGUGUCUUAUAUAAAUGGUACAUCUGUGGUUUUUA